AUGUCUCAUAAAACCAUAUCGAAAAAACAAAGAUCAACCAAUUUCACAUUUUAUGAAAAAGAACUUUUAUUGAAACAUGCUUUACAAAAUCGGCACGUAUUAGAAAAUAAAGAGUCAAAUGCAGUGACAUGGAAGGACAAACAGAAAUGUUGGCUGAAAAUUACUGAACUAUAUAAUUCAGAAACAACAGGCUGUCCAAGAGAUGCUUCAUGUUUGCGAUCAAAAUAUGAAUGUGUCAAAAAACUUUUAAGGGGAACUAAAAGGGAUCUAUUCAAAACAGGGGGUGGUCCCUUUAAAGAACCUCAUAUAGUUUCAAGUGAUUCAGAAAAAACCUUGUACACAAUUUUACAACCAACAAUUGAAGGACUACCUAGUCCAUUUGAUAGUGACCAUCCUGAUUUUGAAACCACUCAUAUUUCACAACUAGAACCUUCCAAACAAAAUGAAGGCAUGGUGACACAAAAUAAAGAAAAUGUGAACGAUAAUUUAGAAUUUUCAAUUGGCGAGGAAUGUCAAUCUACAUAUGCUUAUGAUGAAAUGUUGGGUUUAGAGGACACACUUAAUACAAUUUAUGAAACACCAGAAAAAUCUAUACAAAAUAUAAAAGACAACAAUCAAAUAAUAGAUGACAAUUUGAUACAUCAACAGCCAAGUACAUCAUGGACUCCGUUAGCAUCAACAAAACUGUUGAGAUCAUCAGGAAAAAAUGAUAAAUUAUCAACCAAAUUUAAAAAAAAGAAUCACUGUCAAAUAUCAGUCAGUGAGAAGUUUUCAAUUUUAGCUGAAAAAAAGUUAGAAUUGGUAGAUUUGCAAAUUUCUUUUUUAAAAGAGGAACAUGAAGAAACAAUGAUUUUUUUGAAAAGGAAACAUGAACUUGAACUUGCAUCGUUAGAACUAGAAAUUGCUAAUAAAAAACAUAAGCUGUGA